GCUGAGUGAUGAGGUCACAUGCUUUUUCAUCCGGAAGAAGCCCGUUGCAGGGACCCGAGGGUGUGUGAUUUCCGCCUCGCAGAAGAAGAAAGUUGUGCAGGGCAGGACUGCGGGCUCCCAGAAUCAGACAAGAAAUGGACAGUCAGGGAAGGAAAGUGGUGGUUUGCGACAAUGGUACCGGGUUUGUGAAGUGCGGCUUUGCAGGGUCCAACUUCCCUGAGCACAUCUUCCCAGCGCUGGUGGGCCGGCCCAUCAUCCGCUCCACGGCCAAAGUGGGCAACAUUGAGAUCAAGGACCUGAUGGUGGGGGACGAGGCGUCGGAGCUGCGCUCCAUGCUGGAGGUGAACUACCCCAUGGAGAACGGCAUCGUGCGGAACUGGGACGACAUGCGCCACCUGUGGGACUACACCUUCGGGCCCGAGAAGCUCAACGUCGAGCCGCGCGGCUGCAAGAUCCUGCUCACCGAGCCGCCCAUGAACCCCACCAAGAACCGCGAGAAGAUCAUUGAGGUGAUGUUUGAGACGUAUCAGUUCGGUGGUGUUUACAUUGCCAUCCAGGCUGUUCUCACACUCUACGCUCAAGGUCUGCUGACGGGAGUGGUGGUGGACUCUGGCGAUGGUGUCACACACAUCUGCCCUGUGUACGAGGGCUUCUCCCUGCCUCAUCUCACACGCAGACUGGACAUAGCCGGAAGGGACAUUACACGCUACCUCAUCAAGCUGCUCCUGCUGAGGGGCUAUGCCUUCAACCACUCGGCGGACUUCGAGACGGUGCGCAUGAUGAAGGAGAAGCUCUGCUAUGUGGGCUACAACAUCGAGCAGGAGCAGAAGCUGGCGCUCGAGACCACCGUCCUGGUCGAGUCCUACACGCUCCCAGACGGGCGUCUGAUAAAGGUGGGCGGGGAGCGUUUCGAGGCCCCAGAGGCUCUGUUCCAGCCCCACCUCAUCAACGUGGAGGGAGUGGGCGUGGCCGAGCUGCUCUUCAACACCAUCCAUGCCGCCGACAUCGACACCAGGGCUGAGUUCUACAAACACAUCGUUCUGUCGGGCGGUUCCACCAUGUACCCCGGCCUGCCCUCUCGACUGGAGCGGGAGCUCAAGCAGCUCUACCUGGAGAGGGUGCUGAAGGGAGACGUGGAGAAGCUGUCUAAAUUUAAGAUCCGUAUCGAGGACCCCCCGCGGCGGAAGCACAUGGUGUUCCUGGGCGGGGCCGUGCUGGCGGACAUCAUGAAGGACAAGGACAACUUCUGGCUGACACGCGAGGAGUACGAGGAGAAGGGCGUGCGUGUGCUGGAGAAACUGGGCGUCACCGUCAGAUAAAAACAACCCCCUUUGUACACACACACACACACACACGCACACACACACGCACACACACACACGCACAUUUACAC